AUGGGGGAGGGCGUGGUGUUCGUCGACAAGGAGCAGCAGCCGGCUGCCGUCGGUGGAGCCGUGUCCACGACGAUGGCGGGUGUCAAGGGAGGGAACCCCCUCUCUGCGGCGCAGAACUGGGCGAUCGAGAUGCAGGAGGUCUUCCGCGUGUGGCUUGGUCAGCAAUCCAUCCCCGUGGAGGCCGCCAUCACCACCGGCCUUGCCGCUCUUCAAGGAGGGGCCAUGGGGGGCCUCGUCAGCGUUCUCAACAAGGACCUAGCAGGUUCCCUCGAGUCCCAGCGCGGCACCAUGGCUUUGGACUCCAACGCAGCAAAACCUUUUCUCCCUCCCGAGGUUUGUAGCCUUGUAAUAUACCUCCUACUGCUAAUGCGGCAUCUUCCGUGUCUAAUGUUGUCAUUUAAUUGUUAGUUUAAACCUGAAAUUAUUGCUACCGAUAUUCUUGAUUAGUCCUUUUUUUAGUUACCAGCUAUAUAUAUAUAUAUAUCUGAUCAACGAUUCUUCUUACAUCCUUCCUUCCCGCGCACGCAAAGGGACUGGCAAGUGAAAUAGUUUCUAGGAAUCUUUGUUCUUCAUGAAGGAUAAUCUUCCGAAAUGAUCUUAUAUAUAGACGACGGUUUUUUGUCUGCAUGCAAGCAUUUGAAGAGAUGAAGUUGGCUUCUUCAAGGGAUAGCUAUCUGUGUAGCAGAGCAAGCAGUGACAAUUCUUGAACCCUAGAUCUUCAUCAAAACGUUUUCAGCUCGGGUUCGCCCAUGAGAUUAUUCACAGUCGUCGGAAUUUCACUCUGAUGGCCAACAUAGAGUAUAAACAAGAGAAGUAGAGGGAGGAAAUGACAGUUGAAGCUAUCUCACUUACUCACUGACCCCUCUCUCUCCCUCUCUCUCUCUCUCUCCCUCGUACUAUAUCAAGUUCCACGAAUAACUUGUUUAUUUGUGUCCUUACUUCCGUCUCUCCUCAUUUUUGACAUUCUUCUGUAAAUGUCUUUCUAACUUCCAGUUUAUCUUUCUUCCCGUGAAAAUUCAUACUCCCUCAACAUAGAAUCCUUUUAUUUCAGUGGGAGGAUUCCUUUCUCAUAAUUCCUCAACAUGUAGAAAAGGUUCUUUUUAAACUGUGUAAAUCUACUUUUAGUGGCAAAAAUAGUUCCACAGUUGGAAUCCUGCUAAAGAAAAUUCAGCGGUGAAUGAUAACUCGACUGAAUUGUGGCUUUAAUCAUGUUACUGAAAUUAUAAACCUUUAUCUUUGCGGGCUUGUUGGGCUUUGUAAUUUUUGUUUAUUGUAUAUUAUUUUCGUAUCUCCUGCUCUCGUCCCUCCUUGAUAGAUGCUUAGUGCUACUUUCUGCUUUUAAAGAUUUUUAAUUUGAUUCUUUUCUUUCUUUUGGUGUUGGCAUUCAGGGCAUGAUAGGUAAUCCAUUCAUCCAGGCUCGCAAUUUCGCAGUCUUAACUGGGGUAAAUGCAGGGAUAUCUUGUGUUCUGAAAAGGGUAAGGGGAUUAGACGAUGUCCAAAACAGGUAAUUAUCAUCGAGUUUUUUUUCUCUCGUAUCAACUCCCCUUUAUGCGGUCUCUUUUCAAUACUGUCCAUAGUAUAGAAUCAUAUAAUUAAUUUUCUUGAUGCUUCAGUCACAGACUUUAGGUAACUAGAUCUCAAGGUUGGCUUUUUUUUCUUUAAUAGGUUACAAAAUAUUACUGAACAAUUCAUCCCUAUCCGUUAUAAUCUCAAGUCUGAAGUUUCACUCCUUGUUUGGUAGGCAGUUGUUUGAGUAACUUAGACAAUAGACGUAUAAGCAGUAGGGAAGUUGAUGAUUACAUAUAGAAAACUGACGACAACACAUCUGUUCAUCUUUUGGAUGUUGAAACUGUGAUAUUUCAUCCCGGUUGCACGUUGUGUAGGCCAACAGUGUCCUGGAGGAUGUAGAAACGGUACCACCAAAGGAGCAAAUAUCCACCCAUUGAAGUUGGAUGUUGACAAUGGAAAAGGCAGAUCGUGGUGUCAUAUAUUAUGUACAAAUGCGGACAUGCUGACAUUUACUAAAAGGUCAUGGGAAAUCAUGAUGGUUAUUGCUAGCAAAUAAUAAUAACGGUCAGAAUUCUGAAGGGAGAUUGUCUGAACAAUAGUGAAGGAACAUUUUGCCAGUUUCACAUGUUGUUUGUUAUAUAGUAACUGAUUCAUUCUCAUAUAUUGCGCUCAGUGACGCAAGUAAUUGUCAACACCCAUGUAUUUUGCUACUGAACCACUCUACAUUCUAAUGAUGUUGUUUAAAGUUAUAUAUUGCUUUUUAACAUGGUUCCAGAAGGUUGCAUAUUCGUCCUGAUGUAUUUUUAGUAGACCUUGAUGGUUGUUUUAUUGAAUUAGAUACACGUUAUUAUUUAUAACGUUUUUAUUUGGUUCACAUAUCGUUGUAUAAUCUUUGUUUUAUAUACUUUGCAGCAUGGCAGCAGCAUUUGGUUCUGGAUUUGUUUUUUCAUUGGUAAGUAGCUCAGGUGGGCCUAACAUUCCUGGGGCAGUAGGCACUGGAGCUUUCUUUGCCAUUCUCCAAGGUGGAAUUCACAAGGUAACAAGAAGUCAAAUUUCUAUCACCUUAAAUCUUCCUUGCCCACUGAGUUCUGUCUGAUGCAUAAUCUUCUUCAAUGCAAGCUCUUGAAAUUUGGCAUACCUGCAGAAAACUAACGUCGUUUAGGUCUUCCCAUUUUGCAUUCUCUUACUUUGAACUGAGCCCAGUUCUGCUUAUGCUGUUUACUCUUUUUAUCACCUUGGUGGAGCCCAUCAUUUCUUAGGCAUGGUAAUGUAGCCUGGACAAUCAGUCCUUUUUAUAUGAAAGUUUGCUUUGGGAUAAAGGUAAAUCAUACAUGCAUGAUGGCCUGAUAAAUUGAGAACCAAUCCAUCUCAGAUUCUGAACAAUGGAUCGAACUAUGUCGCAUCAAAAUCCUCAGAAUCUGACUUUUUCAGUCUUAAUGUUUAGUUUAUAAGGGGAUGAGAAUGGCAGGUAAAAACGGGAAGAUGAUGGAGGGAACUACUUUGAUUGAAAGACAUGAUAAAAAUUUAGUAAAAAUGAUUUGAUUUCAUUGGAAAAAUAAAAAAUCCAAUUAGAACAGCUAUACCAUAUUCUGUUGUUGAGAGAUCAUACUCAUUUUUAUUCGACUUAUUUAUAAAAGUAAUAAAAUACACCGCAGCCAGUUCGGUCCUAGCUAUUUUUAAAAUGUACGUGUACUCCCUUUCCAAAAUAAGUCGAUAUACCAUGAGUACUAAGCCCAUAUUGUUCGGAUUGUUAUUAAAAUAUUGAUAUUUAAUCCAAAACCCGUAGCAAAAUAUUCUAGACACUUUAUGAAAUAAUUGCGAAUAUGAUUAAAAUAUUUAUAGCCCUGUCUUACAUGGUUCGAUUGACGACUAGCCCAUUGAGUGACUUUGGCUCUGGCCAUUUCAAGAAGGGAUAUUACCAGGUUGGGUGAGUCCGAGAAUGGACAGCCUUCUCUUGCCAUCCGGCAUUCCUCCUCCUUUCAGGUCCAAUCCGAAAGAGAAUCUAGUAUGCCUUCUAUGCAUUCUGUGUCCCGGCUGCAUUGGUUAAUUCUCUUCCAUGAUUGUGGUCUAUAUGAAUCUUAGGGUCACGGUGACAAAGUUUGUACGAUGGGCCUUUUUCCCCUACUGUGUCUAGUUUUGGGCCUUGUCACUGCUAGUGAAUCAGGUUUAGUUGUAGACUUCUCCAAAUUUGAUUCACAAUUUGUCUCCUACAAUGUCUACAAUUUUUGCUCCUAAAAUCUGGUUCUGUUUGGUUGGGUUAGGUUUCAGGACAGACAAAACCCUCUCAGCAUAUGGAUAUUCGACUAGGCUCACAAAGUUCAGGAUAUUAUUCAGUAUCAAUAUUAAUAUUUGUCCUGCUUAUUAUGCUCGCAUAUUUGGUUUUCCUAUUUUUCUUAAUACUGAGGGAAAAGAUCGGCAUUUAAGACACAUCAUGACACUGCUGUCUGAAGUCAUCGUUCCCAAAGAGUAAUUGGUUUUUCUUGGGGAUAAAUGUAAUAGUUUACUAAACUUCGCAUGAAUCAUAUUUGUGGCCUUAACCCAAAUUGCUUAUGUGUUCCAUGAAUUAAAUGGUGCUUUUUUCCCCCAAGUAUCAUUGCGUGCGCUUGAUUUUGGUCAUAUUUGGGCUCAUGUGGAUUAUCACUGCUAUGCUGAUUGUAUGUUAGCUUGAAAUAUGGGCAGCUGGGACAGAUGAUGCCCAAGGAAACGGGUGGCAGCAGAGAAGAAGCUGAUGCGUUCUUUGAAAAGGGCCAGAGCAUGCUGAGGACACUCGGCCUGGAGAGGUACGAGAAGAACCUGAGAAAAGGCAUGAUCACUGAUGCGACCCUCCCCCUCCUCACUGACAGGCGAGUGCUCCUCCAUGCUGCUUUUACUCCUGUGGCUGAUCUUAUCUGAUGUGAUCUCAUCUCAUCUGGUCUUCUUGUUCAGUGCACUGAAGGAAGUGAGCAUCCCCCCUGGGCCAAGGCUUGUCAUUCUAGAUCACAUUGAAAGGUAUUGCUGACAGCAGUCCUGGUUUCCCCCUCCUAAAUUACUCAUUGUUAUUGUUCGCAUUCUUCUUAUUCUCAUUCUUCUCUGUCUCUCUCUCUCCAGGGACCUCGAAUUGUCGAAGAGGAGGCCGUGA